UCCUGGGUGACCAUUUCAAACAGUAAUAACCAAAACAAGGACGUCCUGCCGCAAAGAACUCAUCUCCCUAACAUUUUUUACCCAUUUGUACUAACGAAAGCAUACAUUAGCAACCGUGUCGCCUCCCUCUCAAAAUGGGUGACAAAAAGCGUCCCAGACGUAUUUUUUUUAACGGCGUUGACCAAUAUUCCUCCAAAUACAUUGCUGAGUAUUUAUCGACGUGCGGAGAGAGAGUCGAAGAGAUAGAAGAUGAGGACGACGACGAUUACACCCUCCCGCAAGCCGGGGAACCUGCCUUCCAGGUGGUCGGCUCUGUAUCUGCCCACUGCUGCGAGAAAGCGAACUUUUUGUUGGAGCAAUACGCGUCGCUAACCAGAGAGGAGCUUCUUCCACGCCUACUAGAGUGCGACGUGGUGGUGUACAACAUCUCAGAGAAUGCAACACUAACUGACAUUGAAGAGGCAACAUGGGCAAUGACAGCCCUUCAUGGUGAAAGGGAACAUUUCAAGUCAAAGAAAUUGUUCAUUUUAAUCUCAACGAUAAUGACCUGGGCCAUGACCAAACCACCGAACACGGACGAACCGGAUUUGAUGGUGACAGAGGAGGAGUUCAGGAAAAGACGGCCUCAUCCCAGUUUCAAACACCACAACAAUAUGGAAAAACAUGUUCUUAAACUGGGAACAGGAAAAAAAAACAAGUUGAAAGGUUACGUUGUGGCUGCUGGUAUUCAAUAUGGGAAGGGCGAGAAUCUCUUUCACUACUUUUUCAAGGUGUCUUGGCUGUCUGAGUGUUCAGAAGUUCCCAUAUUUGGAGAGGGUACGAAUUACAUCCCCACGAUCCACGUGGUUGACCUUGCUCAGGUGAUACAAAAUGUCAUCGAGGUCAAGCCCAAGUCCAAAUACAUCCUUGCUAUUGAUGACUCCAAGAACACACUUGAGGACAUUGUGAAGGUCAUAAGUGAUGUGCUUGGGCCAGGAAGCAUAAACAAAAUGCCAGAGAAGGAAGCCAUCACCAUGAAGGCCUAUAAGCCAGAAGAACUUGAGUAUUUCAGUGUUAACCUUCGCCUGGAUGCUUAUAUUGUAAAAGACUUAUUCAACUUCCUGUGGAUAGCAGAAAGUGGCAUGGUUGAAAAUAUAGACCUCCUUGUGGAAGAAUACCGACACACUAGGAAACUACUACCAAUCAGAAUCUGCCUUACUGGACCUCCAGCUGUGGGUAAAAGUAAGAUCGCAGAAAAGCUGUGUGAGCAUUACCGGAUACAUCACAUCAAAAUUCGAGAAGUCAUUGAAGAAAAGAUGAACGAGCUGAAAGGUAUCAUGAACAACAGUGAACUUGAUGUCAGCGACUCAGAAAUGGCACAGAAACAACUGGAAAAUAUGAAAGCAAGCAUGGAAAGCAACGCAGGGCGACUGGAGGAUGACCAACUUUUAGAAAUUUUGACGGAAAAGCUGAAUUCCAAGCCAUGCAGGAACCAAGGAUUUGUUUUCUAUGGCUUCCCAAGGACCUUCGAGCAAGCAGAGAUGAUGUUUAGCGCUGAGGACACAGACAGCGACGGACCCAACAAAACCCCCGCACACAACAACAUCACUCCAGAGUUUGUGUUCGCCCUGGAAGCAACCGAUGAGUUCCUGACUAAAAAAGUACAAGCUCUUCCUCAGAGUGUGGCUGAGAAAAGAGGCCUCACCCAGGAUGAGUUUAUUCCUCGUUUGUCCAGAUUCAGACAACUGAUCAGGGCUGGGGAAACUUCACUCGACUACUUUGAUGAGUUGGAAAUAUACCCAGCUUAUAUAGAGGUCAACGUGGACGAUCCUGAGUUCAAAAGCAUCGUGAACAAUAUAAUGGAGGUGGUGGGCCCUCCCAAGAACUACGGCCUCAGUCCUGAAGAGCAGGAGGAGGAGGACAGGAGGCGAGCAAAAGAGAGGCAACAGAAACUGGCUGAGGAGGCGGCUGAGAGGAAACGCAGGAAAGCGGCCUCGCUAGCUGAGAUCGCGGCGCAGUAUGGACAAUGGCAAAAGAAUCUGGAAGAGGUGAAGAGGCAGGAACACGAGCUUCUGGAGGCUAAAGCUCUGCCUUUGAGGAACUACUUGAUGAAGUACGUGAUGCCUUCACUCACUGAAGCCUUGCAAGAAUGCUCCAAGAUCAAACCAGAUGACCCCGUCAGCUUUUUGGCUGAGUAUCUACUUCGUAUGGACAAAAAAUGACGUUAGAGACGGAACAAUCGCUGAUGUGAACGCACGUCCUUCCAGCCGUCCACCUGAUCUUGGUAUCUCUCCAGCAGCUGGUUGAGAAGUUUGAUGGACACCAGGUGGCUCUGCAUGUCGCGACUCAGCUGGUUGCUGGUGGCUGUUAGCUUGGUUUGGGUCUGAGAGGCUUGGUCCAGGACCUGAGGUUUGGG